UUCAACACACUUGAAUCAAAUAGACAAACCAGCUUCACGUAUGCUUGGAUUCAUUAUUAGAAAUUGCAGAUCUUUUACUAACAUAGAAUCAUUAAAAAUACUGUACUUCACUCUAGUUAAAAGCUUACUUGAAUAAGGUUGUAUCAUCUGGUCUCCUUUAUAUGUUAUAUAUAUAAUCUAAAGUAGAGAAGAUCCAUCCUAAAUUUUUAAAAUAUAUGUAUUUAAAAACAUAUGGUGCAUAUCCUCCAUUUAACUAUUCAAAGAAGGACCUCUUAGAGCACUUUGGCAUGGUCAGUCUUGAACAGAGAAGAUUUUUGUUAAGCUGCUGCUUUGUGCGUAAGUUGCUAAGCAAUCAGAUUGACUGUAGUCAAAUUUUGUUGAACUUAAACUUUACUGUGCCUAGCAUGUUUUAUCUUCCAAAAGCUUCAACAAAUAUUUUGCUAGCAUCCCCUUCAUACAGAAUGUUGAAAUGCUUUAACGAGGUUAGUCAUCUCUUUGUCUUUAAUAUGAGCGAGCAUAUAUAUACAGGGUGACUUCGAAGUUGAGUCAUUUAUUUUAACAGUGAGUAGAUAUGAUCAAAAGAAAUGUUUUUUUCCUUUACCAUUU